AUGACUGGAUGUGGAUUGGGGUUUGCAUUUGGCGUGUACCAAGAACUAUACGAGUCUAUCGGGGGCCCGUUCCAGGGUGUGAACCCGGCUGCCAAUCUCAUUGGAACACUUUCAGCAUCUUUGAUGACGCUAGGGGCUCCUCUUGCAACUAUUGGGUUGAAGAAAUAUGAUCCUCGUCUGGUGGUCCUUCUCGGGGCAGCCCUGUUUGCUAUAUCAGGGAUGAUUUGGGCGCCAUUCCUCCGCUAUUUGAUAUCUGCUGUUGGAAUCCUGGCCUUACCGAAUCAGCCAGGGUCGCAAAAAAAAGAUCGAAAUGACCAGCCCACCCGUGGCAGGGGCAAGACUACGACAGAAAAGGCUCCUAUACAAUCUCCAAAAUUCAUCACCCAUGCAAGUGGUACUGCGCUACAAGCAGCAGCAUAUAUGAUUCCCAUGUACUUCAUGUCAUCCUACGCUAGGACAUUAGGAUACACAACCGCUGCUGGCGCAAAUACCAUUGCCUUGAGCAAUGCUUGCAACUCCGGAGGGAAGAUCAUCAUAGGAUACUAUGCAGAUCGAUUAGGAUGUUUCAACACCCUCGUCCUCGACUCUUGGCAAUUCAGUGAUCAGAUUUUCCAUUUGCUAUAUUUCAGUCGCGCCAAUUGGUACUAA